AUGCCCGAGGACGCUCCCUACGACCCUUACAUCCCCAGCGGCCAGUCUGGCGCUGGGGAUAGCCAUCAAGCCGGCGGCAACACGCGCACACAAGCUCUCCAAGCUCAAAUCGACGAUACGGUUGGUGUCAUGCGGGAGAACAUCAACAAGGUGUCGCAAAGAGGCGAGCGCCUGGAUGCCCUGCAAGACAAGACGGAUAACCUGGCUGUGUCGGCUCAGGGCUUCCGUCGCGGUGCCAACCGCGUCCGUAAGCAGAUGUGGUGGAAGGACAUGAAGAUGCGUGUAUGCCUCAUUAUUGGCAUCAUCAUCCUCCUAUGUAUCAUUAUCAUCCCUGCCGUCGUCGCGACUCGCUAA